UUCGUCCCGAUAGGCGACAAGGUCGUGGGCCAGUUCGUUAUCGGUCGGUCGGUAGCUCGGAAAGGUAGCACUGGCAUGACUGGGAAGUGCAAUUCAUUCGCGCGGGAACGUUUGCGAGAGUAUCAUUCUUAAAAAGGUUCUGAUACCUGAUAUCGGGCGCAAAGCGAAUGUAGGACGAGUUGACGACAUUGCAGUCACGCCCGACAGAGAAGGCCAGGUGCAGGCCGAUUAGCUCUGAAUUCACUCCAUAUGAUAGCUUGCGUGUGCGGUUCAGUCACGUUUGUCGGUUUUAGUUUCUCUAAAAUUCUAUUGCUCAAAUUUAAAGGAUUGCGGAGUUCGAGAUGUAAACUUAGGACUCUUAUUUAUUUGUUUAUACUUGUACUUGGUGGAGCUCGAUCACAUCGUUGGACAUGAGUGUGUUGUAAAGCUGCCAUAAGUCAAAGGAGAAUCUCCGUCCCUGUGAGGAUAUUUUCAAGCCACAUUUUUGCCGGAUAAGGGUGUUCAAGUUGAUGUUCAUGAAUCAAAGAUGACGACUUUGAAGGAUAUCACAAUGGCGAAUGUAUUAACGAUAGGAAUAUUUGUGAUAAACGCUUUUUUCGUGACUUUGACCAAUUCCCAAGGAUACAUACAGCCGAAUGGUCGGCAUGUAUGUCUCCAACCCACGAAACGACUGGUGAACGUGAAGACCAUGCAGUCCUAUUGUAAACCAGAUUAUCGGAGAGUUGUCCAGAAAUGCAGAUCAGGUUAUGGCAUGUGCAGCAGUUUUAGAGUGGUCUACAGAACAGCUUAUCGAGAGGUGUACAGAACACACGAGACAACCGAGAUGAAGUAUGGCUGCUGUAAUGGCUGGUCAAAAUUUUCACCUCAUGACAGAAGUUGCUUAAAACCUAUAUGCCCAAGCGGCUGUCAAAAUGGCGGUCGGUGUGUAUCGCCUGGAAGAUGUCAGUGUGCAGACGGCUGGAACGGAAGAGAUUGUCGGACGGACUUGAAUGAAUGCACCUCCGACCGCCACGGCUGUAUGCAAAAGUGUGAGAACACUAUCGGAAGUUACCGGUGUUCCUGUUACGAAGGCUUCAACUUGGAUUACGAUAGGAAAAAGUGUAAAUUAUGCCUGAACUGUAUAAAAGAAUAUCAGCAACUUAUACAUAGCCACACAGCUCUUAUGGGAAAGAUGGAUGUACUUGAAAAGGAGAAGGAACAACUCGAGAGGAACGUAACGAAUGUUCUUCUCUCCUACCAAUUCGCCAUGGAAAACACGGCCAACAGAUACACAGAGGCCCUCAGGGAUGUCAAAGAGAUACAGAGGGAGUCCAUAGAGAAGAAGAUCUCACAGCUACUCCGGUCGUAUAGAGUCACAAACAAACCCCUCAAGGACCCCUUCUUGGACAUACAGAGUGGGACGACCCCACCGAAGCGGGGCGAUGUGCCUGUCGCGGCGAGUUUGACCCAUUAUGAGCCUGAUCCAUACGUUGAGGAGAGGUUGACUUCACUGAAUGACCAGAUCGGACUUUUGGAGGAGAGAUUAGCAUCAUGUAGCUGCGAUCGAGGACGACGUGGAAAAUGAGGAAGAUAUCUUGAAAUAGCUGCUCAGUCCUGUUAGCAAUACUGGAUCGUGUCUCAAGAAAAACGGGAACGAAAAACAUGUUGUCUUCAUCACGUUUCGAAAGAUGGCGUGUUGUGAUGACGUCAGAGAAAAAGAAUCAUCAAGCCGAAAUAACUCAGAUGGACCCGAUCUAUCGUGUCUGUACGGAUUGUCCGCACGACCAAAAUACGAGAGCUUCUGAGUCAAAAUGUGCUAAAAUGUUUAAAAGUUCGUUUCCGUCACCUCGAUGGCAACGGGGUAAUGUAUAGCUAUCAACUGGGGAGGUCGUGCUUAUAUCACUGUGUUAAAAAUGCUAAAGAAGACUACUUAUAAAACAUACAUAUACAUACUUUUCAAAAACAGUAUGAAUAUCUUGUACCUAUUUAUGCUUUUAUGCGUGCAUUGAGUAAUGUGUUCAGUUUAGGGCACACCCAAAUGGACUGAUGGACUCCCAAAAAGCAGUGGCGUCGUGCGCUGCACUCUGGACAAUGUAAAUUGCUGCGUAGGAGUGUAGAAUUUAACACUCAGGGUUACCACGCGUCCGAUAGAAGUUUUAGAAGUCGUUGAAGUUCAAAGCGAGGCUGGGGAUGUAGCAAAGCGAUGAUCGCAUGAUUGGCUCACUAGGGAUUUGUCGAAUGUUGUACUCUUGUAAAUAAGGUUGUGAUCUCUCUAUAACUUCAUUAUUUUACACGUGUAGCAAGAAAAUGUCGUUCUUAUUUCAUUCCUUUUAAUCAUUGCUUAGAUGAUACUUAUAUGCGAAUAUAAAACUGCAACAUACGGAUUGGCAGUCAAAUAGAAAGACUUAGCAAGAAGAAAGACAUAUCAAGAAA